AUGUAUGCCAAUAUGCGGCGGUUUUGCCGAUGUAAAAUUGAAGAACAUGGAGGAUAUGACAGAGACCACAAGCCAGAACAUGAAGGAUAUAGCAGUUAUCACAAGCCGAAAUAUGGGGGAUUUAGCAGUGACCACAAGCAAGAAUAUGGCAGGUAUGGUGGUGAUCACAAUCCGGUACAUGGGGGAUAUCGCGAACACAAGAAGGGGGUGAUUGAGAAGAUCAAAGAGAAGAUCCAUGGUGGAGAAGGCAAACAUGGGCUUGGCAAGGAAGAAGAAAAGAAGAAUAAGGAAGACAAGAAGAAGAAGCACAAUCACAAUCACGAGCACCAUGAUGACAGUAGUAGCAGUGAUAGCGAUUAA